AUGACACCCCCACUGUUAUCCUUCUAUGUGGCAUAUCUACUCUCAGGAUCAAUAGUUCAUUUGGCAGCUCUGAAGCUAUCACCAUCAUUAAAUAUCACAUUUGUUAAAGCUGGUCAGGAUUUAACUUUAAAUUGUUCAUUCAAUCAAACUACUGUUGCAGUGAUGUUUUACUGGUAUAAGCAACCUCUGGGACAGAAACCACAGCUGGUGUCGAAAUUCUAUAAGCAUGAAAAAGAUGGCAUGUUCACUGAUGAAUUUAAGAAUGAGUCUCGCUUUGAACUGGAAACUGUGAACUAUAAAAACAACUUGAAGAUCUCAAAAGCACAAAUGUCAGACUCUGCUACUUACUACUGCAUAAGUGGCUAUUCAUAUGUGUAUGAAUUUUUGGAGGGGAUUAUCAUCCAAGUGAAGGAUUCAGAUUUGGUUUUCCAAGCUUCCGUUCAUCAAUCAACACCUGAGACCAUCCAGUCUGGAGGCUCUGUGAUGCUGAACUGUACAGUGCACGCUGGAACCUGUGAAAAACACAGUGUUUACUGGUUCAAAAACUCUGAAGAAUCUCACCCUGGACUCAUCUACACCCACGGAGGCAGAAAUGAUCAAUGUGAGAGGAAUCGCAGCUCACAGACCCAAACCUGUGUGUACAACCUGAAAAUGGAGAGUCUCAAUCGGUCUCAUGCUGGGACCUACUACUGUGCCGUGGCUUCAUGUGGACACAUACUGUUUGGAAAUGGGGCCAAGCUGAACAUUGAGGAAGAGGGGGAAUCUUUUAUCUAUGUGUACGCCUUGAGCGGAGCUUUGGCGUUCAACUCAAGUCUGUUGGUUUUCCUGGCUUAUGCAGCCUAUACCUUGUACAAGAGAAAAAACUGCAAAUGCACAGACCCUCGCGCGGAGUCUUCAGGGACCUCGGAUCCAAAUGGAGACGCAUCCCAAGAUGCAGACCAUCUCCAUUACGCUGCUUUGAAGGUAAACAAGGCCACCAGAUCAAGAAGGCAGCAAGAGGACACCCUUAGCCAGUGUGUUUAUUCUAGUGUGAAGCAAUAA